UCUGGCAAUGCAACGAUGCCCCCUAGAGCAAGAGUAGAGUGGGGUUAGUAGAGGCAUUUCACAGAUUUGUUAUCCACAGAUAUCGUAUCUGUAUUACUGGAUGGCAUUUGUAUUGUUAUUUUUUGGGAUUUGAAUUAGCAGGACAUGGUUAUUACGUACUUAAUCUCCUCUUUGAAUUAAACACAAACUUUGUCGAUUGAUGAUAUGUAGUUUCACAGAUUUGUUAUCCGCUCAUAUGGUACUACCUGUUAUUUAGUUUGCCUUGUUGUUUUCUCGUAUUUGAGACAGUGGAGCAUGGUUUGCUAAUAUCUCUACUGCCCGUCCUUGACGAAGCUACUUAAUUUGCUCAACAAAUGAGAUUCAGACACGAACCAGGACUAAAGGGGUUGCGCCAUGAGCCAGGCCCUUUAGUCCCGGCUGGUGGCUGGAACCGGGACUGGUGCCUGCCGAGGCCCGACCGGCCUCCUGGCCGCUCGAACCGGGACUGAUGCACGCAUUAGUCCCGGUUCAUAAGUCGACAGGGACUGUUGCUCUGAUCUGCGACAAGCGACUCCAUGGGUGAUUUGGUUUGUGAUUCUGAAAUAGUGCUGAUGGAGGGUCACGGUAUCUCUUCUGUCUGCAAGGAUGACAUGGUUCUGCUAGAGGAGGCGACACUUCCUCUAGCUGGGCAGACUCUAGGUUCUUGUGCGGAACUCCGUAAUAACCAGGAGGGAGGUCAUAAACAAGCAAGGGAUGCUGGUUCUUUGGACACUGAAGUGAAUAUCGCAGGUUCUUCCAGCUCAGGAAUAAAGAGAGGCAAAGGAGGUGAUGGGAACUCCCGUGCAAUCUCCAAUUACAGUGAACCAAAGGCCUCUUCUACUUAUGAGCUCUCGCCAUCCUUUCCGUCGACGUCAAGGCUUCUCGUCUCUGCUAUGAAAGGAGGCCGUGAGAGAAGCGGCAAAGAAGCAUCGCCAACCGAAAACCGCCGCGUGAACUGGGCCCCAGAUGUGUACGACCCCCCGGUAACCUCGGUCGACCACACGCUCAAGAGCAACCAACAGCGCUCCAGGUCCAGGAAGAAGGACAAGAGUAAGCAGAAACAAAAGCCGAAGAAGAGGAAGUCGCGCGGCAACGGCAAGAAGAGCACCCUCCACGACGCCGCCCACAACCCGCCUGCUCUCGACGUGCCCGGGCCGUCUUCGCCUGACGAACUAGGCUUAGGGGAAGUGGAGGAGGCCGAGGUGCUGGACUACAGCGCCUUCAACAGUCAGGAGCCGAAAUGCGGAAGCAGCUUCCCACACGAGAUCGCCACGGCACGGACGUGUUUCCCCGCCGCCGAGGCAUCAUGAGGACCGACGGUGGCUCGGGACCCCGGACCCUAGAGGAGGUGUAGAUAGAUACGGUUGGUGUACAUAAAUAAGAGAAAUCCAGGCUGUGUGAGUGAGAUGAGACGAGAUGCCCUUUCUAUACAAGCUUUUUUUUGGCUGGCAUCCUUUAUUAGUAGCAAGCAGUGUAGUGUGCUACACGUUUGUAGCCACGCACGGACUGAUGAGAUUUGAGAAUAAUUGAAUCCUCUUUUUGAGA